AUGAACGUCUUCUUUGCCUGCCUAUUCCCUAGACGGCCUCCUCGCGAAUACGUACGAGGCCGACUUCAGUGGGGGCUGUGCAAAAAAAUGGCCUCGACAAGCGAGUUGCAGUGCAGUUUCGCCUCGUUGCAGGCCUGGCCGGCUCCCAAGUUAACAGGCCUUGCCCUCACAGACAGCCAGCUACGUCGUUUCGACGUUACAGGGGUGCUGGAGAAGCAGAGACCACGAAUUCAAAGGAUCGCCGGAUUCGGAGCC